AUGGCUAAUAACUCAUAAGAGGAAUUGCAAAAUUAAAUGUAAUAGAUUAUAGAAAAUGGGAUAUUGAAAAAUAUUGAAAAUAUAUAGCUUAAGAAUAAAGUUCUUUAAAGUCUUUAGUUGAAAAGAGUUUCAAAAUUGACUUUAAUUGGGAUAGAUAUAAGUAUAGAAAUAGAAAUUAAUAUAAGUUCUUGAUUUGAAGUUUAGAGGUGGAUCUACCCAAUUAAAGGAUAAAUUCUCUAAAACCUACGUUAAACUCUUUGCUUAAUUACCUUAACCAAAAGAUGAGAUUAUUAAUUACAUUCUUUUCUUAAUCACUUAUAAUAUCCAUUGGUAUCUAUGGAAAGACCUAUAAUAUAAAGAAUAAGUUAAUAUUAGGUAGUUUUUCAAAAUUAUAGAAGAUUUGUAUAUGAUUGCUAUCAUAUAAUGAUAUUUUAUUCAAAUGGAUUAUAUGUUUCAGAUGCAUAUAUUAGAGGAUAAAUAGAUAAAAUUUUCACAUCUAAAUUUUUAGAGUACGAAAGAAUUUAAGAUCAGAUUAUCAUGUAGAAGAAAUUGGAAUAAAAACGAAAGGCUUAAGAAAAAACAUUUUUGGGUAGAAAACUAAUGUUUCCAAAUUUAUCGGGAGAUGGAUUAACAUUUGCGAAACAUUUAAGUGAAAAGUUGAAACCUUAAAAAAUAGUAAGAAAAGAUUCUACCAAAAUUGAAUAAUUCGAAGAUCAGAAUGUAUAAGUAUCAGCUUAAACUAAAUAUCUACUUUCUCAUCUUUAAUUAAAUGUAAAUUAGGUUUCUCCUUCUGUAAAAUUAGUUUUACAUAUGAAUAAACCAUAAGUACCAUUUUCAAGACCAAAAAUGCUUUAACAUAAUUUUGAGAAGUCAGACGAGAAAUUGAAAUUUGUUGGUUUACUUAAUAAUCAACCUCAAAUUUAGAAAAAAUAAGAUAUAAAAUAUACCUAGAAUAUAUUAGAUAAAUUUAAUCUAAGAGCUCCUCCAAAGGAAUAUUAUCAAAAAUUUGCAAAGGUAGAUCCUUUAUUUAAGGAAAUGCUUGAAUUAAAUUAUGUUCUUAAUAACCAUUAAGAGAGUCUUCAUGAUUUGUAUCAAUUCAAAGAAUUAGGAUAAUAUGAAGUUUAGAUGCCUCUAUCUGAAGAGUCUCCAAAAGAGUAAUAAAUUUAACAUAAAUCAUAAUUUGAAACUCCUGAGGAUGGAGCCAACACAUAGCCUCCUUAAAUAGAAUAACCCUAAAUAACUUUACCAUAAGUUUAGGGAGAGUAAAACUAUAAAAUUACAGAUUCUUUAAAUAUGUUUGAUUAGAGAUCCUAGCAAUAGAAAUAAAAUGCUCCACUUUAUUAGUCAAAAUAAAAAGAAUAUAAAUAAAAAUAUGAUCGGUUUAUUUAAUCUGAAAGCACAGAUAAUAAAAUAAAUAGUAUAUAUGUUGAUCUUUAGAAGAAAUAACAUGUGUUAAUGAAUCAUCAUCAUAAAAGUUCAAGAAGAAAAUGA